AUGAAUUUGGACCCUGGCGCGGAGACCGCCCGACAAAAUAACUUCAUUCACACACUCGACUACGACCUCGGCAGCGCGCCAGAUCCCCACGGCCGCCUUCCUGCGCCGUCAUCGUCGUCGUUCAUGAACUACCACUCUCAGCCACCACAGAUGGCCAACAUGCAGCUCAGCAUGGACACGUUCCAAGGCCUGCUGAACGCCGCGGAGAAUGCGGGCCAACAGGGGUCAUCUCCACAGGUGCAAGCGACCCCGCAAGCACUGCUCGAGCAGCAGAUGAGGCUGCAGCAGUUGCAGCAGCUGCAACAGCUGCAGAACCAGAUCUUCCAGCAGCAGCUGGAGCUAUUGAGCGGGGGUACCCAGCCUUCAUUCACAAUGUCCCCAGGCAUGGAUCGACACAGAGAGCAGCAGCAACAACAGCAGCAGUAUCCACCUACUCCAGCGUCGUCGACCGAGCUACGAGCACAGCGCAACCCGGAGGACUUCAUCUCCCCCUUCAUCCUGCACUCCAACCCCGCCGCCUUCGCGCACCUCGUGCAGGGCCCCUCAGGCGUGCACCACCAGGGCCAGGGCCAGACGCUGCCCGACUUCCUCCCCGCACACAUGGUCCCCUCGGCCCCGCACUCUGCGCCCGCCAACCUCGUCUUCGCAUCCCCCGCAGACCUGCCGUCUCCCGCCGAGCUCGACUUCAACAACAUCUCCCCGCUCACCAGCCCGUGGCUGACCCCGUACACGGGGCAGCCCGCCUCCGCGCCCAGCGCCCACGACGGGCCCUCCUCCAGUGCAGGCAGCAAGCGGCGCAUGGCGUCCUCGAGCGGGGACGAGUCCGCCGUCCCCGCGAAGCCCGUGCGCAAGCGCCCCUCGCCCGCCGUCCGCGCGCCGGCACCCACGAAGCCGCGCAGGGCGACCGCGGGGACCGCGCGCGGCACGCGCUCUGCGAACUCGACGCCGCUGUUCCCCGCCAUGGCCACGGGUGGGUCAGGCGUGCAUGAUAUACCCAACGACACGCCGUCGCCGAUCGAGCUGCCGCCCAUGCCGCCCCCUGCGCAGCUGCCCGCGGCGGCGAAUGCCCUGCAAAUGUCGCCGAUCUCCCCGGGCUCUGGUGCGUCUGCGGCGGGGUCGGCGAGCAUCACGCCCGUGACCCCUGCGAGUAUCAUGAACCUCGGAAGGCUCGGGCUGUCCACAUCGGGGCCUGCUAAAGGCGACGGCGGGUCGAAACGCAGGGAGAGCAUCUCAAAGGCUAGGGCAGCGCCAAAAUCGGCAGAAAAGACGUCGGCCGUCCCGCUCGUCAGUCCGAGCCUCAAGCCGAUCCGGCCUGCGGGGAAUACCCCGACCAUGGAGCCCUCGGCGUUCGCGCAGCCGGUCGUGCAAUUCCGCAAGUCGUCGCACAAGGCGGCGGAGCAGAAGCGGCGGGACUCGCUCAAGACGUCGUUCGACGACCUGCGGCUGCUGCUGCCGCCCAUCCCGCUGCCGUCCGAGGAGGGCUACCCGGACGAGCCGAUCCUGCCGGGCGCGAUGCCGCCGCGGGGCCCGCCGAAGGGCAACGCGGAGGGCCCGAACCGCGGGGUGAGCAAGCUGCAGCUGCUGCGGUGCGGCAACGACUUCAUCAAGGUGCUGAAGAGCCGCGUGGACCGGCGCGACGACGAGAUCGAGCGGCUGCGCAAGGAGAUCGCACGCCUGCGGCUGCUGGUGCGCCCCGAGGACGCAGAGGCGGAGGAGCCUGUUGAUCUGGAGAAGGACCUGGACGCUAUCGAGAGCGCAGGCGGCGGGCUGUUCACCCGCGCGAUGCGCGAGGACCGGGGAAUGUCUGCGGAGGGGGACGAUGUGGACGAGGAAGGCGGCGAGUCAUAUCCGGUGCCGACGAUAGCCCUUGUCUCUCUCGUCCUCGCCCACGUCGCCGAGCACCCUUUCUCCAGCCCAGCCAUGCCGCCGCCGCCAAUCCCCCUGAGGCACCCACUGUCUAUUGUCUUCCUGCUGCACAUCGCGCUGGAGGUGCCCAUCGCGGUCGUCGGGCUCUGGUCGCCCGCGAGCCUGCCGUUCAUGCAGCUCACGAACACGACGCUCGUCUUCCUCAAGAUGUACUCCGCGCUCGUCGCCGGCCUGUGCCUCUCCGCGCUGCUCGUGUUCACGCUGCCCGAGUUCCUCCCCGGCAAGCGCGCGCUGGGCAUGGCGCUGUGCUUCUACCACGUCACCUGCUCUACGAUCCUGUUCAACGCGCCGCGCUUCAUCCCGCAUUCGUUCGGGCCCUUCGCCGAGUCGUAUCGCGCGACGCCGGAGGUCGUCUGGGGGACGCUGCAUGGCAUCGUCGGGUUCACGCUCGCGGCGUGGUGGCAGGCGACGCUUGGUAUCACGCAGCUCGCCGCGCGCCAGGCAAAGAUACAGUGAGGCAGACGGCAGACACGCCAGCAAAUGCGUAUACCCCUUGUGAUUGUGGAACGUGCUUACUCGAGAGCAUUCGGAAAACUGUUGUAGAGCAUGAUGUAGCAUAUUAUACAGCAGGGACGACGAGGG